UCUACAUGCCCGCCAGGUAGGUUAUGCUAUGUCGGAUGCCGACGCCUUUUAAGUUUAAAGCAUAAGGCCAUAAGCAAAAGGUAUCAUAAUUUAGAAGCAUGGAGCGCAACCUAAAGACCGUAAUGUUCAAGGAAGUUUUCAUAAGAAGAGAGCCCGAUGACUGGAAUGAAAUUACACUCAAUACAGGUGGUGUAUCCAGUACUCUUCAAGAUGUAAAACCUCAGCAGAGGUGUGGUAGUUUUGUCUACAAAAAUAUAACAAACCGUUUUAUAAGUUGGCGCUCUGAGGGUAAUGUGCUGGAGUUGGUAGAGCACAGCCUCGAUGUAAAUUUACAAGGGAAUCAAGUUCGUUACAUAUUCACCGAUAGUCAAGUUUUAGAAGGCAUUUCCAUGAAAGAAACCCCUGGGGACAUAGUUCUUCUUGUCCCAACUGCUUCAAGUGUUCAUAGGUUUAACUAUAUACAUCCUGACAAGAUCAUUGCAAAAAGUUUUGGAGGUGAACCAUCAGCCCAUUCAGUUCUUCAUGGUGUCAAUGAAAAUGACACUGUUGAUCCGAGGACCUAUCAUGUUCUCAACAUACCAUCAUGUGCAAUAGUUGGUGCUGCAUCUUGUAUGCCAAGAAAUGAUAUGGCCGAGUUUGCUCUUUCCCUUGCAAACUCUUCUAUCCUUGUUAUUAGAUUAGAUUGCCUCACAGGGAAGACGUCAAUAACGACUUUAAGCGAAGAAUCUUUGAUGCCUAGAUUUUUUGUAGGAUUAACUGAUGUAAUUUUGAAAAAGGAAGCCGUGGAGAAUAUUGCAGUCAGUCUUCUGUUUCAUGAAAUCUCAGGAGAACUAAUUUUAUUUUCUUUAGACCGACAAGGCUUGCUGAAAGCUUGGUCGUGUAUGAAAGGAGCGGCUAUUUCAUCGAUCUGCCUUAUCAAAAAGGAGAUUUUAAGCAUAAUCAAAAAUCAGAAGCACAAAAUGUUUGGCGGUUUGUUCAAUGAUGAAUUCGCCAUCCACUGUUGUAUCCAAGGCCAAUAUAUUUCAACUGUGGUUCCUUCUUUUGACUACGGGUCGCUUAAGUUCCACGAGGUCUGCAAGACGCGAAUGAUCCCAAAUCAUGAGCUGGUGAGCAUCUCUCCGACCAAGGGCAACGAUAUCUGGUGCAACUGGCUUUCCGACACCGAGACUCCGCUUAUCUCAAGGGUUGCCCUUGGAAAGGACAAGGGAACUUAUGUUUGCCACACAAGGCCACCAAGUGAAAUAAAACCUUCGAAAGUUAUUUUAAAAGAUCAAGCAGCUCUGUACAUAGAAGAAAUUUUUAACUCAGGAUUUUUUACUGCACAUGAUGUUAUAAAAGCCCUCUCUAUAUACAAGCCAACAGCAGUAAUAAAACCAAAUAUAAAUAUAAGGGACCAAAUUUGUACUGUCGUUGAAGCUGAGAUUUAUUCCGAAGUUGGUGACCAGGACAUAUACGAUGAUGUAUUCCAAGAGCUUAGUCAGCGUUGUUGGAGCCGCUUAUACUCAUGUUGCACUCAAUACAUACACAACUCAAUGUUACCACUCUGGGUAGUUAAGAUCGGCAAUAUUCUCAUAACAAUACACGAGGCUGGAUUUUCACUUAUUAAACCGAUGGAAAACUUAGAGCUCAUCUGGUACAACCCUUCCGGCGGAAUGUUCCCAAAAGUUGAAUACGCCCCACUCAUUGAAAUGUUGAAAAACUUGGACAUUGAAGAAUGGCUCGAGUGGAUUGAUAUAAUUGUAACAACAGGUGAAUCCAUUGACUGGCUUUUGCAAAAUACUUCAGAAACAAUUUUAUGCCGAUUCAGAAAUGAAGUUGAUAAUAUCAUGGACUUAUUUUCACAUGACAGUAUUGAUCUUUACUUUAAAGAACUCUUAAAAGAAUUGGCUUUACCAGUUGACUACAUAAAAGAAGAAGAUGACUGGAAAUCAUUUUGCAGUCAUUCUGGUAUAAGUGCGGUUGCAUCAGGUGUCAGAGAUUUCUGUUCAGUAAGGUUGGCAGUUUGCAAGAAGUUCCUUCUGUUGUUUGAACUGCUUAAGGUUAACUCUGGGAGAAAUUUUAAAAAACUAAUCGAUAAAUACAAAGAUGUUUUAUUUAAUUACUAUAAGAUGUACAAAGCCCUUUAUUGGGCUUCUUCGACUAAUCUCAAUGAGGACACUCCUAUCGUUGUAAGCUACGCCUCAGCUCAUUAUGGAAAAAUCAUGUGUACAGAAUUCGAAGAUUCAGUUUUAACCUUGAUAAAUACUCUUUGGCCUCAUGAAGAGAACAGCACUUUGGCACAACAUUUAUUAUUAAAUAAACAGUACUUCCUUCUAGAAAGCUAUGCCAAACUUGUUAAUCAUGAUGCAUGGAGGUUAUUGGUCGUAGAAGCAUAUAUAGGGAUGGGCGAAUAUUACAAAGCCUAUGACAAGUGUUUAACUGGCCUGAACAACGAUUUGCAGUAUUAUUUAAAAUGUGUGCGCCUUUUUGAAACAUGCCAACGCUCUGAUCUAGUCAUCACCAUAGCAAAAAAUGCCAUUAACUUGUGUUCUGGGAGUCUGUCACAACAAGAUUUGGAGACACUUCAGUCGAUACUUUUCAUUCAUGAGCUCAAUCUUAAUCAUUUCGUUGAGGCAUUCUCGUGGAUGGAUGCCUGUACUGACAUGACACGAAAAACUGCCUUUCUCCAGCGCCUUGUCUCGACCAUGAUAAAUACGCGGCACUUAGAUGAACUUAUAUCUUUUAAUUUUGCAUCAAUAAGUAAGGAACUCGAUGGUCUUUUGGCAAAAAGAGCUAGGCGGACACCAUUUCCUCAAGCAGAAACUUAUUACAAUUUAUUAUAUUCUAUUCACAUUAAAAAUGAAAACUUUAAAAGUGCGGGCACUGUUAUGUUUGAGAAGGGUCUAAGAAGUGAGACCUGCGAAAUGCAGUGGCGGUGUUUUGGUGCUUGUCUCAAUUCUUUGAAGCUUUUGGAACCUGAAGACACAUGGAUUUUAAGACCUAACUUGACUUGCACUUAUGACGAAAACUCUGUAGAAAUUUUGACAGUCGAUGACAUACGUAGGGAGUAUGAAUUGGCUGGAGCAAAAUACAACCUCGGUGAUUGCCCUCCAAACGCAACAGAAGAGGAAGUUAUUGCUCUGUGCACAGCUGCACGCCAGUACAGGGUGGCAAUGCGUGUUUCCAAUGUAUGCAAGCGAUCGUUUACACCUGUAAUAAAAACUUUUACAGCCGAGUGUAUCAACAUUUCGGAUCAAAAGGAAUGGCUGUGGCUCAAGCAAAACGAACUUGAUGAUAUAUUAAUCAGUGAGAAAAACUAUGAGGAAGCCUGCUGGAAAAUCUUACGCAGGUUCGUUGAACGAUACGAACGCACGAGAGAAAGCGAAUUGCACAAAGCAGCACUCAGCCAGCUUUUGGAGAGUGGUUCAUUUGUUCCACAAUGGCUGUUUACGUCAUACCGGAAGAGAAAUACUGCCGAGUUUCUACGGAUGUUUUUGAAGUAUGGCCGUUUAGAAGAAGCUGCCGAAUUGGCAAACGAAUAUCUCAGGGCUGCAAUGGGCAUUGCAUGGGAAAUCCACUCCAUUGACUCGCCGAUCCUGCCACAAGGUCCUCCUAUCUACCUCCCUAUUCAUACUAUUGAUGUUCUCAUUGCAGAGUUAAAAAACAAUAAGGUUGAAAAUACCCUGGAGAAAACAUUGAAGGAAUAUCUCGAUCUAGCCAUGCGGAUUUCUCAUGAUAAAAUAGUUAUGAAAUGUUAACAUAAUUUUUUCACAAUAUUGUAAAUAAAUGGUUUUGAUUGUUAAUAAUUUUUUAACAA